AUGGAUGGAUGGUUUUAUACCACACAUAUACUAUACUAUUCUAUCAUCACUACUUACUAUAUAACCAGAACAUCCCCUGCUAUCCUACAUGAUCACCAACCACCAACCAACCAAACUAACCAAGUACUCCUCAACAAAAGACCCCCAAUAUCAUACAACCCUACCAUCAUCAACAUGACCACUCCAAAUACAACAAUGAACUUCAUCUCCAUCAACAAACUCACCAACACCCGCGUCCUCCUCAUCGGCGGCACCUCCGGCAUCGGCUUCGCCGUCGCCCGCGCCGCCCUCGAACACGGCGCCAGCAUCAUCUUGUCCAGCUCCAGGCCAGAAAAAGUCCAGUCGGCCAUAUCCCGUCUCCAACAACUCUACCCGGACCCAUCAUUCACCUCGCGCAUUACCGGGAAGGCAUAUGAUCUCAGUGAUCAAUCUACCCUCGAGACAACUAUCAUCUCACUGCUGGACUACGCUACAUCGCCUUCCAUAUUCCCCACUACCAAUACAACCAUUACCACCGAAGGUGACAAGAAAAUCCUGCUCAACCACAUAAUCUACACCUCCGGCAGCCGCCCCUCCCGGAUCCCCAUCUCCCCCGGUACCACAACCCUCACCCCACAACUCUACACGCAAAGCGAAACGCUCCGGGUCCUGGCGCCGCUCAUGCUAGGCAAGCAUGCGAAGUCCUACAUGGUGGAUGAACAUACCUCGUCGAUGACGUUUACCUCCGGGGUAUUGGCGUCGAAGCCUGUCCCGGGGACGACGUUGGGUGCGAUGGCGGGGAGUGCCCUGGGCGGGUUGGUGAGGGGGUUGGCGGUGGAGUUGGCGCCCAUACGGGCGAAUGUGGUGGCGCCGGGGGCGGUAGAGACGGAGAUUUUUGAUGAGUUGGGGGUGCAGGAGAAGGAGGCGGUUAAGGAGAUGUUUAGGAGGGGAACGGUGUUGGGGAGGGUUGCGGAGGCGGGGGAUGUGGCGGAGGCGUAUGUUUGGUGUAUGAAGGAUGGGUUUGUGAGUGGGGAGUGGGUGGGGAGUGAUGGGGGGGCGUUGCUUAAGUCUGCGAUGUGA